AUGCCGAAGGCGCCCGCGCCGCACCCGUCGACGCGCCUGCAGCAGAAGCUGACGAAGGAGGACAAGCCGUGGCUGAAGGACGAGGGCAAGGGGCGCGCAAGGCUCAGUUGGUGGCUCACGUUCGCGUGCCUGCUCAUCGGCGUCGGCGUCGCCGCGAUCCUCUGCUGGCGCGGCUAUACGUCGCAGUUCCUCAUCCCCGAUUCGAAGCUCUGCCUACUGAUGGAGGACGACUUUGAUAGCGGGGAUUUGAACACGGAUAACUGGGGGUACGACAUCGAACUCGGUGGCUUCGGGAACGGCGAGUUCCAGAUCACGACGAAGGACAACGUGUUCGUGCGCGAUGGGAACUUGUAUAUCCACCCGACGCUCACCUCGGAGAGCAUCGACGGUGGCUACGACUCCCUCUUCGACGGCGGCGAGUGGGACCUCGGCGACGACUGCACGACGAGCAACAAGACCGCGUGCUCCGUCAAGGCCAACUCCGACCGCAAGCGCGUCGUGAACCCCGUCCUGAGCGGGCGCAUCAACACGAAGGGCAAGGCCGAGAUGACGUACGGGCGCGUCGAGGUGCGCGCGAAGCUGCCCUCUGGCGACUGGCUGUGGCCCGCGAUCUGGAUGCUCCCCGUCGACGCGAACGGCACGUACGGCGACUGGCCCAUCUCCGGCGAGAUCGACAUCAUGGAGGCGCGCGGGAACAGCGAGGAGUACCCCGCGCAGGGCCGCAACUACGCGCGCUCGUCGCUCAACUACGGCCCGCUGGAGAGCGUGAUGAACAAGAUAUACGGGUGGUACAGCGUCAAGCACGGCACGCUCGCGGACGGGUUCCACACGUACGCGUUCGAGUGGGACAGCCAGUUCAUGCGGUUCUACACGGAUUCGCGGCUGAAUGCGAUGCUGGAGCUGCGGACGCGGAAUGAGAAGGAGAGCUUCUGGACGCGCGGGGACUUCCCGGAGACGGCGCAGAACGGCAGUGCGCAGGUCGUGGUGGAGAACCCGUACGAGGGCAGCUGGCCGAAUGCGCCGUUCGACAAGCCGUUUUACCUGAUCAUUGACGUUGCCGCGGGCGGUACAUCCGGUUGGUUCCCCGACAACAAGGGCGAUAAGCCGUGGUAUGAUGGCAGUCUGACUGCCAUGUACGACUUCGCUAAGGCUCAGGACACCUGGUCUGCCACCUGGCCUGACAGCGAAGAGGACCGGUCGUUCCGCAUUGACAGCGUUAAGAUGUACUCGAUGUGCUGA